ACUUACUUUCUGUGAACCUUCAAACGAGAAACGUAACCUUUUAUCUUGCUUAGAUCGACGCUUGGUUUGAAGACGAAUUUUGGACGUUUUUAAAAUGUACUAACAGAGGACUGGAGCAUGAACUAGCCCGCGAGUAAACUUCUUGUUAGUAAUCCGAUCCUCAAAACAAUGGAAAUGGCAUAUUCGGGACACAAGCCGGAUCAGUUUCGUUGGAAAAGAUUCACUAAGAAUAAGAAAACAUCUUGUAAGGUGCAGCGGGACGACGAUGACGUUGCGCAGUGGGUGAAGCGGGUGGAGAUGGCCUCAGAGCUGGCCGUGUCGGAGGUGUUCUCCCGGAAGAGGAGGCCAGUGGACCGAAGACUGAGCAGCUCAGCACUGACACUACAGACUGAGGAACAGCUGCAGGACCAUGAUGAGGCUUACGGUGAAGCGCAGCUCCUGCUGAGUGACUGGAUGAACAGGAAGCUGCGUGUGGAGCUGGAGGCGGGGCAGGAUGAGGAGACGGACAGCUCAGAAGCCCCGCCCCCUCAGCCUGCCUUCCUACAGCUCGACAACUUCGAUGACCUGUACUCCCACCUGGACCAGGACACAGAACACUCUGCUGUGCACAGCGUCCUGCAGGACCUCAUGCUAACAGAAGUGGUGGAUUCUGGGAUUGUGGAGGACCUCGGGCUGGAUGCAGAGAGAAAAAAGAAGAAGUGGAAGAAUCCGCAGGUUACCAUGGAGAUGCGACACCAGCAGGUGCGUGAGAGCCGGGCGCGGCGUGAGGCGGAGCGGGAGCAUCAGCGGAGGGAGAGGGAGAUGCGCAGGGAGGCCCGAGAGGAGGCGCAGCGGCAGGAGCAGGAGCUGCAGCGCCGGAGGAGGCAGGAGGCACGGCAGCAGGAGGAGUUGCUGCAGCAGGAGGUGGUGAGGCUGCGCAGGAAGAUGGAGGAGCAGAGAAGGCUGGAGCAGCGCAUUCGAGCCAUCGAGAGGGAGAGGCAGAACAGGAAGCCAGAGGUCCAGGCACUGCCCCCACCUGAUCCAGGCCCCGCCCUCGCUGAGCCAGGCUCCGCCCUCAUGAAGCCAGGCCCCGCCCUCACCAGCACACAGCAGCUGCAAGCGAGGGACAGACUGCACAAACUGCAACAGAUCAAGGCCAGAGUGCACCUGCUGAGCAACCUGCGAUGUGUGCAGAAGUGUCUCUCAGGGUGGAGCUGUGUCGUGCUGGAGAGACGGGUUCAGAUGGGGAAGGCAGCGGCGCUGUGUGAUUGGAGGACGCAGCUGAGGGCGUGGCGGGCGUGGCGCUCUGUGGUGUGGGCCAAUCGAGUGCAGCGUGAGGCCGAGAGGACAGAGGAGGAGUUACGCACUGAAAACAGGCGUCAGCAGGUGGCGCUGGGCAGCGACAGGCGCAGGCUGCUGAGGCGGAGCCUGAGUGAUUGGCGGCUGUGGUGCCAGCGGGAGCGGAGGCGUCGGGAGCUCCUCUCCCAGCAGGAGGAGACGCAGCGCAAGAUGGCGGCUCUGCUCCACGCUGCUGCGUCAGGGAGGCUGGGACCCAGCAGCACCCCACCUACACCCUGCAUACCCCACAGCACUGAGAGCAGCCAGCCACAGAUCGCCCAGCAGGGGGCAGAGUCUGUCUCUGCAGCUUCAUCUGCAGGGCGGAGCGAGGGAGACGUUCCCCUGGUGGCCAUGCCCACACUGGCCACGCCCAUGCUGACCAUGCCCCCGCCGGCCACGCCCACACUGGCCUGGCAGGUGACCCGGAGGCACGCCGUGCUCGGCUCAGAGGAGCUGCGGCGGGUCAGACGGGACCUGGGUGCCCCCCAGAGGCCAGCGACAGCGGAGCGGAGGGGUGAGGAAGAGCAGCAGCGGCGUGAGGAAGAGCAGCAGCGGCGUGAGGAGCAGCGGCGGCGUGAGAAAGAGCAGCAGCGGCGUGAGGCAGAACAGCAGCGACGUGAGGAGCAGUGGCGGCGUGAGAAAGAGCAGCAGCAGCGUGAGGAGCAGCGGCGUGAGGAAGAGCAGCAGCGGCAGAGCGCCGCCCUCCCCAGCACCCAGGUCUGUCACAGGCCUGCCCAGCAGGGGGCAGUCGCAGCACAUGCAGUACCCACAAUGCCCCUGGCUCUCCCGGCCCGACCCCAUCGUCUGGUCACUGCCAUGGAGGAGCGAGCGAGACAGCGAGCCGAGCGCAGGAGAGAGGUGGAGGAGAUGAAGAGGAGAAAGGAGGAAGAGAGACAGGCCUUGAUGAAGGCAGUGCUGGAGCAGAGGCAGAGGGAGGAAGAGGAGGAGAGAAGGAUGGAAUCAGAGAGGAGGAAGGAGGAGAAGAGACUGCAGAGAGAGAGGGAGCUGGAGAAACAGCGCAGGGUGGAGCAGGUGCAGCUAUUGCGGGUUCGAGCCCUGGAACACUACCACAGAACCCUGCUGCAACACCGGGGACUGGCGCCAUGGAAACGGCUGAUACAGCAGAGCCGCACUCACAGCCAGCUGGCCCGGGACCAUCAGCGACGCUCCCUCCUGAGACGCUGCCUCCUCGCCUGGCUGCACGCCGCAGGCGAGUCCCUGGCUGAGAAAGAGGCCUGUGCUGCCCAUCUGUACCAACACAUUCUGCUGAGGAGGAGCCUACACUGCUGGCAGAAGCUGAAGGAGCUCGCCGUGGUGCAGCAGGAGCAGGCCAGGAGGUUCUGUCGGACUCACUCUCUGCAGAGGGCCUUCACAGCGCUGCUCGAUCAUGUGACCCAGGAGAGGUUUGCAGCCUGGGACAAAGAGCAGCAGGCCCACGAACACCAUCACAGGUGGGCGGUGACUCGCUGUUUUAGGGCGUGGCAGAGGCUGCCUCGCCUGCAGCGAGAGGAGAGAGCGAGAGAGGAGCGCAGAGAGCAGCUGCGUCGACGAGUCGCUGAGAUCCUGCCGGACUUCCGCUGCCCCCGUUUCAGUCAGUCCAGGGCGGAGUUCCACCUGCCCCUCCUCAGUAAAGGUGCAAAAGCCACACAGACAUCUCCGGACGGGCGGGCCAGUGUGGGGCGGGGCGGGGCGGGGCAGGGCAGGGUGGGGAGCUGCUGUGGUACUGCAGUCCGGUGGGGUGAGGAGGGGAGCAGCAGGGAUCAGUGA